GGUGGUGUAAUUUUGUUUUUCACACUUCUUAUUGCUUGCCAGGGGCAUUUUUUGUAGCCUCGAAAAUCUCGUUCUGUUAAUUGGAGUAGAUUGUGGUGGCAGCUACUGAGAGAUAGACAAUUUGAAUGGAAAUUUUGAAUUGAGAGCAAUGACGCGAGGCACAAGCAGCUUGAGAACUCCAGGCAGGCAUGUCGCUGUCAUCACAACAGCCUCCCUCCCUUGGAGAACUGGUACCGCAGUCAACCCGCUCCUGAGGGCAGCCUAUUUGGCACACAUCCUGAAAGACAGCAAGGUGUCAUUGCUUGUGCCGUGGCUGGCAAAAUCAGAGCAGGGCAUAGUGUAUCCCAAUGGCAUUACCUUUGAGAACCCAGAGGAACAGGCAGACUGGGUGCGAGCCUGGGUGGAGGAGCGCACCAGCUUUCCUUGCAAAUUUGAUAUCAAAUUCUAUCCAGGUCGAUAUGACGCCUCAUUUCUGAGUAUUUUCCCAGUUGGGGACCCGACCAUCUACAUCCCAGAUGAAGAGGCUGAUGUGGCAAUUUUGGAGGAGCCAGAGCACCUCACCUGGUUCCACCACGGUCGCCGUUACACGGAGAAGUUCAAUCAUGUCAUUGGUAUUAUGCACACAAACUACAUUGAUUACAUCAGGCGAGGGGCGGGCUCUGCUGGGGGCCCCUUAGCUGCGCGCAUUGUGAAGAUGGCAAAUUGGAGAAUGUGUGACAUUCACACGCACAAGGUGAUCAAAUUGUCAGAUGCUGUUCAGAACUUGCCCCGCCAGAGCACCCACUUUGUGCACGGAGUCUCCCCAGCAUUCCUGGCUGUGGGUGACAAGAUGGCUGCUGCUCUGAAGGGCAGCGCGUAUUGCUUCAGCAAGGGAGCCUACUUCAUUGGCAAGGCGGUGUGGGGCAAGGGCUACACGGAGCUGCUGGACCUGUUGCUAGCGCACAGAAAGGCGCAUGGCAGCAACCUGCCAGUGGAUGCGUAUGGGACUGGCGAAGACUCAGAUGACAUUAAGGAGCGGGCAGAGCGAUACGAGCUGAAUGUCUCCUUCCUCGGCGCGCGAGACCACCUGGACGACUCAAUACACCCCUACAGGGUGUUUAUCAACCCGUCCACCAGUGAUGUGGUGGCAACGACGUCCGCCGAGGCGCUGGCCAUGGGGAAAUGGCUUGUGUGCCCGGAGCACCCAUCCAAUGAUUUCUUCGCGACCUUCGAGAACACGCUCAUCUACCACUCGCCCGCGGAGUUCUCUGAGCAGCUCGAGUUUGCUGAGAAUAACAGCCCCAAGCCUCUGAAGCCUGAAGACCGCAAGCGGCUCACAUGGUGCGCUCAUUCUUUCAUGCGACCUGACACUGAGAACUCCAUGCUUGCUGACAGUAUCCAGGUCCUAGCGCUUCCAUCUGAUCACUCUAAGCAGUCUCAUGGAUCGUUAGAAAUUUCUUGCAGGGAGGAUGCGACAGAGCGGCUGCUGGAUGUGGCGACCAUCGAAGAGGAUGAGUGGCCAGGCUGGCUCACGCGCCUCAAGGACUGGCUUGCAUGGCGCAUCAUCUACGCUGGCAACGGUAAAUCUCUUGAUCCCACAUGCACCUGUGCCCUUUCCCACUGCCUUUUAUUGUUUCUCUUCAUCAGUAGUAGUGUUGUUAGAAGCUACUCCAGGUGUAUAGGGCUAGGUGCAUUCCUGCAGCAUGCCAUUUCAUUGGCGUCGAACUGA